AUGGCUCUUAUCGACUUGCCACCCGAGCUGCUCUUGCGUGUUUCAGCCUUCCUAACCACUCCUGAACUUGGCAAUUUCAGACUCACUUCCAAACCCAUCGAGUCUGUUCUGUUUGACAGCUUUGCUCGCGAGUUCUUCACCAAAAAGCAAUUCAUGCUGGAACAGCCCAGCCUUCAAGCCCUGAUCGAUAUCUCAAACCACCCGACUCUUGCCUCUCGCCUUUCCGAGCUUGUCAUCAGCACACAUGUCCUUCCUUCGGAUCCAGACAUGGUCUCUCCAACCAGCAGAGCCCUGUACGCCGCUGGUCACGUCAACCACCAUGUUCUUAUGGCCUCAGGCCAAGCUCUGCUCAUGUUAUCAGAAGCCUUUUCCAAACUACCAAACCUGCGUACCGUCGGCUUGCGAGACUACAACGGUCUGGGUCGUUGGCGUGACGGCGAAUUCGCUACUUGGAAAAGCUGGGGCUGGUCUUUUGGCUGGGAAGCCAUGUCCACCUACCACCCCAACGAUCGACACACUCAGCGACCACUCGAAUCCAUCUCGCCUGAACCCAUCUUGCCUCUACUAUUCUACGCUUUGGGCCAUGCCAGAGUUCUGCCCGAGAGCAUCCAUGUCUUCCUGCGCAAGCAUUCAAAGCUCACACAACAAUCUUUCAACAUGCUUGAUGGCUACCUGGGCGACAAGAUCACUCCUGUACUCGGUGAUAUAAAGGAAUUGAUGUUGGCCAUUGGAAAUGACACGAUACCAUACCAUCAUCACCGAUUCACGAAGGCCACCAAGUCAGAUAUGGCGAAUAACCUCCCUCUCGCGCGCCUGCUGCAGCGCACACCCAAGCUUGAAACUUUGCGCCUAAACUUCGAGCAACACCAACCCUUUGGUUCCGAAUUCCUCAAUUGGCUCGGUUCCCCGGUGCCUACUCAGACUCUUUCUACCACCCUGGUGACUGCUCCUGUCUCGUUGCCU